UAUCGAAUAGAAUAUCGUGAACUCCAAGCUUGCUCUUCGUAGCAUGUCCCACUUUGCUCAGCUCUCACACAACUUAUUUAAAUCAAGAUAUUUUUACCCUUAGGAUCAGCAUAUCUGAGUAUCUGAUAUGGCGGGAGUCACGGCGAAUGCAGCCCAAACACUCCCGAGAUUUCUACUCCCGCGACUGAGCUGGGUAGGAUCUACUGGAUCCUCGCAAUGCUUGCGAGCUGCGACUCUACCCGCAGAGAACCGACAGUCAUGGCAAGGGUACGGGACAGCCUCGUUCCACUCGCUUCGAGAGAAGCCUCAGUAUCUUUCAAGUAAUACAAGGACAAGGCCAUCUAUGCUACUUCAGAAUCCGAAUUUACGAAGGUCAUUCCAUGCCACAGCGCCGCGGGGCAGAGACCACCACUUUGAUACACUGAAAUUCGUCCAACGACUACAGAGCGAAGGCUUUACAGAAGAGCAGUCCGUCGCGAUGAUGAAGGUUCUAAACGACGUAAUUGAGGAAAGCAUACAAAACCUAACUCGGACAAUGGUCUUGCGCGAAGAUGCCGCCAAAGCAACAUACACGCAGAAGGUAGACUUUGCAAAGCUUCGCUCCGAGCUUCUCUCCGCAGAUAGCACCGAGUCAAACACGACGCGCGCCGCCCACGAGCGACUAACGAACGAUAUCACCAAGUUGAAUAACCGUCUACGAGAUGAGAUCGGCCGAACGCAGGCGUCGGUGCGGCUAGAUUUAAACUUAGAAAAGGGACGGAUACGAGAAGAAGCCGUGAGCCAGGAGUUGAAGAUCAAAGAGACGGAGACCAAGAUCGAGCAAGAAGUUGCUGCCUUAAGGGAAAAGCUAGAGCAAGUCAAGUUCCAGACGCUCCAGUGGUUGAUGGGUGUCUGUACAGGUUUUGCAGCACUGUUACUUGGUGCUUGGAGAUUGCUCAUGUGAAGACAUCCGCGCAGAUAUCCAGCGCUAUAACAACGUGCUGGUCGCCUGUAUCGUUUGGGUAUUAAAAUUAAAGGCUUCCAGUCGCAAGACGAGUGGGAAUUAUAUACGACAGAUACCAAAUCCAAAAAAUAGGUCUAUUCAACAGUGUUCCCCAUAUACAUAUUUAUUGUCCAGCAAAUACAGUCACUGGUAUAACGCAGUGUGAGUUCUCUAUGCGCUACCAGCAUCGGGUCUUUUCAACACGUAUUAGGCAGAAUCGCCCUCAGCCCCCGACCCUAUGCAAUUCCAAAGGCAAGGCUUACGAUGCAAGUGAGUCAGUAGCUGGCGAACACAACCCCAGUAACCACCUGAAUUAAGGAGGUAGUUCGGUGUAACAUGCUGCCUAUUCUGUGUAACUAUUCUAACUUAUAAUAAGUAUAUAGCUAGUCUCAGGCCUCCAUGGUUUUACCACCAAGACUAUGGUACGGCCCUUAGAUAGUCCCAAGAUAUAGC